UUUGAAACGGCUGGACCAAGAACGAAGGAGUAACAGCGAAGAGAAGAAGGGCGGGCUGCUCGAAAACAGAACAAUAACAAGAGAUAAAAUACAAAGGCUCUUUGUUGGUUGAGGUGAGUUUUAUUUUGGUGAAUCGAGUAAUGGGGAAGAAUGAGUUCUUGACACCAAAGGCAAUUGCCAAUAGAAUUAAAGCGAAAGGAUUGCAGAAGCUUAGAUGGUAUUGCCAGAUGUGUCAGAAGCAAUGCCGAGAUGAGAACGGUUUCAAAUGCCACUGCAUGAGCGAAAGCCACCAGCGCCAGAUGCAAAUCUUUGGGCAAAACCCUGAUCGCAUUGUUGAUGGGUAUUCUGAAGAAUUCGAGGAGACUUUUCUCGAACUCAUGAAACGCAGCCAUCGUUUUAGUCGUGUGGCUGCUACUGUUGUUUAUAAUGAGUACAUCCAUGAUAGACAUCACGUUCAUAUGAAUUCCACUACAUGGACUUCUUUGACUGAGUUUGUUAAAUAUUUGGGACGGACUGGUAAGUGUAAGGUUGAGGAGACACCCAAAGGGUGGUUCAUUACCUAUAUCGAUAGAGAUUCCGAGACCCUUUUCAAGGAGAGGAUGAAAAAUAAGAGGAUUAAGUUGGAUAUGGUUGAGGAAGAGAAGCAAGAGAGGGAGAUUAGGAAGCAGAUUGAGCUUGCUGCAUCAGAGCAAUUAACAACUGCAAAAUCUGAUUCUAAUUUGGGAGAAGACCCCCCAAGGGAGUUGAAUUUGGAGGCUGGAGUUAAGGUAGGGUUUUCUCUCGGUUCAUCAUCCUCGUUGGUGAACAAAGAUAAUAGCAGCAUUGUUAGUAGCAGUAAAUUGGUUUUUGAAGAGGUUGACAGUAGUAAUAAAAGAAAGAUUGGCAAAGAAAACAACAAAACUAAUGGAAACUCUGCAUUGGAGGAGAUGAUGAGAGAGGAAGAGAAGGUCAAGGAAAAAAUGAACAGGAAAGAUUAUUGGUUGUGUGAGGGCAUUAUUGUCAAGGUCCUGAGCAAAGCCUUGGCCAAAAAAGGAUACUAUAAGCAGAAGGGUGUUGUGAGGAAGGUUAUCGAUAAGUAUGUUGGGGAGAUUGAGAUGCUUGAUAACAAACAUGUGCUGAGAGUGGAUCAGGAUGAGCUGGAGACUGUCAUUCCACAAAUUGGUGGUUUAGUGAAGAUUGUGAAUGGGGCUUAUCGUGGCUCAAAUGCAAGGUUGCUGGGAGUUGAUACUGAUAAAUUCUGUGCUAAGGUGAAGAUAGAGAAGGGUGCCUAUGAUGGGAGAAUACUUAAUGCAAUUGAUUAUGAGGAUAUCUGUAAACUUGCCUAGUGAGUUUUAAUUUUAUGGAGCACAUUUGUUCUGAUAAGUAGUUGAAUUCCAUGUUGUGUUAUAUUUUCAAGCGCAUGGUCUAUCUUUUCUUAUUGUAUUAUGCUUGUUGAUGAUUGAUUAAUAACUGUUUUGUGAACUGGAGCAAGAAUCGCAAUACCCAUGUUCUUUUUAAGUCCUGGAAAUAAAGUCAGGAACGUUUUUCUAUUUCAAAUUUUCUUA